GGCGGUCGUGGCGCUACUUGCAGAAUGGACGACGAGGCCGACGUCGACACGCGGCUCCAGCAGACGCUUCUCAAGCAGCACGAAAACUACGCGCGGCAAAAGGAGCUUCUCCAAAAGCUCAAGCGGCACUCGUCCGACGCCGCACCACUGCGGCACAGCGCGAUUCGACCGCCAACGCCGACACCGACGCCAGCACCAACGGACGUGCCGCCGCGCCUUGUACAUAGCUUGGCCGAGAGCCAUCACGAGACGCUCAACGACAACUUGCGCAAGCAACUCGAGCUCAUUCGUCGACUGGAACAUGACAACAGCCGCCUGCGCGCCGAAGCGGCGUCGCUCCGAAGCCAAGUUGCGCUGCUUGACGAGCGGGCCAAGGUCAAGGACCUCGACUCUGCACGACGUGCGAAUGAGCUCGAGAACGCAAACGAGCUAGUGACGACACUCCAGCGCGAGCGCGACGACGUCACCACGCGCAACACGCAGCUCAAAGGCUUGCUCACCAAGGCGGCCCGCGUCAAAGAGAGCUUGGAGGCCGAGCUCCGAGGUUCGUUGGAAGCGCAGCGCGCGCUCCACGAGCAAGUCCACACGCUCGAAUACAACGUCGAACAAGCAGUUUUGCGCGAACAGAGCAGUCAGCACCAGAGCCAGACGGCCGAGUCGCACCAGAUCCGACUCCAUGCCGCGAUCCAGACGCUGCAGGACGAGUUGGCGCAUGCGCAGACGUCGCUGGCCCACAAGACGGAGCAGUGCACGUCGAUCCAAGCCUCGGCAAACGCGUGCGUCGCGCAGGUCGAGGCCAGUCUCCAAGCCGCCCAAGAGUCAUUAACAAAAGAGGUCGAGAAGCGGCGGCAGUGGGAGAGCGCGUGCCACGCCGUGGAAGACCAGCUCGAAACGCUCACAGCGCGGGACCAUACGCACAAGGUCGCGCUUGAGACGCUGCGAGAGCUUCGCGAGCGCAACACGCUGCUGGAAGAAAAAGUGCCGUACUACAACCAGCUUGAACUCGACAACAAGGACAUGCACGGCAAGCUUCUCCACGCGCAGCGCGAUCGGGAGGAGCAGGAGCGGAACAUGGUGCAGCUCAAGCAAGGCAUUUGGCAAACGACCAACGUGCUGAAAAAAGAGAUUGAAGCCAUGCGACUGUACCUUCUCUCGAUCGAAAACGACGCCGAUGGCCUCGGUGUCGACGACGUGGACGUGGCGGUCGCGUCGUGGCACGAAUGUCCGUCCGAAAUCCAGCACUUGCGGACAAUGCUGAGCCACUUCAAACACGACCUUGUACAUGUGUCCAAGCAGCUGAUUGCUGGUCGAGAGAACGAGCGCGCCUUGAGCGACCAAUGCAGCAUCCUCUCGCACAAACUCGGCGAGUGCAAAGCCGAGAUGAAGGACCUCUGCCGCGACGUCGAGCGACACAAGGAGGCAUGUGCGGUCGCCGAGUCGGCCCGCGACCUCUCGAUCCGCGAGAAGCGCGAUCUCUUGCUCUGGAGUCGGGCUACGUGCCAGAAGACCGAGCGCAUGGCGAGCGAGGUCGAGCAGUGGGAGCAGUUUACGCUGCAGCAGAUCCACCGCAUGCAGCGACUGCCGUGGCAGGACGCGUCGUCGACGACGCCAACGCUCGAUCUGCAAUACAAGACGUACGCCGACUUGCGCCAGAGCUGGGAGGCAAGUCUCCAAAUUCUGCUCCAAGAAGCGCACCAGUGCCAUGUCAAGGCCAACCAAGAGACCCAUCGGGCCAACAAGGAGGUCAAGAAGAAGCUCGAGGCAGUCAAGAAGCUCGACAUGAUCGAGACCGAGAUGCAGCGCAAGCUGCACGAGAAGGACGUCGAGAUGCAAGCGUGCCAGCUCCGUCACACCAACAGCAUGCAGUCGCUUCAAGAGCAACACGCGUGUCUCUUGCGCGAAAACGACGGUCAAAUCGCCGCACUUACACGGCAGUUUACCGAAGCGACGGACAAAUGGACGCACGCCGAAGCGUCACGGCACCACCUCGAGCACCAGUUGGCGCGCCUCGAAGCCGACGCGCCCGUGUACCUCAGCAUCGCGCACCUCUUCAUUGUGAGCGUGCGGCCAAUGGUCCUCCAGAUCGCCGAGCUCCAAAUGCAAAAGCGAAUUCUGUCGCAUCACAUGCGGCAGCUCGAGAACCAGCACAAGGAAAUUGAAGCGAUUGCAUCGCUCUUCCAGUCGACGACGCCCGUGCGGUCGCUGCUCGUGCGGUUUCGCGCGGCGGCGCUGGCGGUCUUUGCUUGCAACCGGCUUCGGCAAACAGCGUCGCACUCGUACGGCCGCAACGAAGCCCUCGGGAUGGUCUUUCCACAGCAAAUCGGUGUUGUCAAGCUCCUUGCUCUGCCGAGCGAGACGCAGCUGCGGGCCGGUGUCCAGCGACUGCAUGCAAACGCUGCCUUUGCCGACAAGGUGGCCACGCUGAGCCAGUGCGGCUUGACCAAGCGAUACCAACACCACAACUCGUACGGCCAGUCGCCGGUCGGCGAGGCGCUGCUCGAGGCCAUGCACACGCUGGACCCGACCGGCGUCCAAGUCGUGCAGAACGUACUCCAAGGCCAUGCGAGCUUUCUGUGCGAUUUACGCCCGGUGCGGCAUGCGAUGACGCACACUGUGGCGAUCGACGUCCACCGCAUUCGCCGGGAAGUCCUCGAGUGGAUGAAGAAGGUCGAGCAGCUCCAGUUCCAGCGCAAUGCGCUCCAGAAGGAGAAUUACGCGCUUCAAAACGCUGUCCAAGACAAGGAUUACCAACUCAAGGAGCUCGAAGUGCUGAACGCCAACACGGCCGAGCUCAAACAAAAGCUCGCAAUGUACCAGACCCACGACGGCCACAGUAUCACGGUGCGCGAAUUCGAGCUCUGCGUCCAAGAAUGCAAGCAAGCUGAGCACCAAGUGACGUUGCUCGAGUCGACAGUCGCCGAGUCCAAGCUGUUGAUCAAGGACCUCGAGGCGCAACUCAACGCAACGACGGACCGAAGCAAGACACUGGAAGAUCAACUCAACAACGCGCGCCAUGCGCUUCUCGAAGAGGAAGACACGGUGCUCAAUCUCAAAAGCGUCAUCGCCCGCUACGAGAAGGAGCUCAAGAAGCUUCAGGUGGCUGCGCAGAGUGUCCACACGCAGUUUCAGCAGCGCUGCUCCGAAGCCGAAGUCGACAAGGUCGAGCUCAACGCACUCGCCGCCAUGCUCCACGAGACGCAGCGUAAGAACGAGUCGCUCGAAGCCGAGCUCAAAGUCAUCCAGCACGACCUCUUGGAUGCCAAGGAUGCGCCGCGCGAGUCUCUGCAGCAGCAAUAUCACCGCGACCAGCACAGUGCUUCGUACCUCCUCGUGCCACCGGUGCCCCACGCCGAGUACAAGCCGCGCCGGUCGUUCCACUCGAGUGGCGCAUCGUCGAUUGCGGACUCGGCGCCGCGGCAUCGAUCCCGCGUGCUCGAGAAGAUGCAUAUGACCGACUUGGAGGAUGACGCCAAGGUGUCGAUGGACCUCGAGAAGGUCAACCUCGCGGUACACAGCUACAUGGAGCGCAUCGAUAAGAAGCUCCAGUCCAUGUACGGCAUCCCUGAAAGUGGCAAGUGGCGCGACUAUAAGCUUCAGGACGCGUAGAUUUGUUCAAUGAUGUCAAUGGGCAACAAUAGAGGACAUUAUGUGUUAUCAA